UGCAGAUUGUGAUUGUUGUAGAUGAUGAAGAUAGGGAAAAUGAAGGAGAUCUGAUAAUGGCUGCAGAGUUAGCAACACCUGAGGCUAUGGCCUUCUUUGUGAAGUAUGGAACUGGGAUUGUGUGUGUCAGCAUGAAAGAAGAUGAUCUACAGAGGUUACAAUUGCCUCUAAUGGUGGCAAGCAAAGACAAUGAGGACAAGCUUUGCACUGCAUUUACAGUUACAGUGGAUGCGAAACAUGGUACGACCACCGGUGUGUUAGCUCAUGAUAGGGCAACUACCGUAAAGGCCUUGGCAUCGAUGGACUCCAAGCCCGAGGACUUUAACCGCCCUGGCCAUAUCUUUCCAUUGAAGUAUAGAGAGGGUGGUGUUCUGAAGAGAGCUGGACACACUGAAGCUUCUGUCGAUUUUGCCAUGCUAGCUGGAUUAAAUCCUGUUGCAGUUAUUUGUGAGAUUGUGGUUGAUGAUGGCUCAAUGGCUAGAUUGCCCAGGCUUCGUGAAUUUGCACAGAAGGAAAACCUCAAGAUAGUAUCCAUUGCAUAUCUAAUAAGGUAUUUAGUCACAUUUUUCUCAUCUAAAACAUUUCCCUGCUUCCCUUUUUACUUUUUUCUUAUACAAAUAAAGAACAAUGACAUUUCAUACAUGUCAGAGGCUGAGGUUAAAUAGUGAAUUCAGACUUUAAGGCUUCUUAAGUGUAUGUAUAGGUACACUUGUAUGUUGAGGAUAGGAUGCAACCAUGCAGUGAGCGCAGAGCAAAGUACUUUGCUCUUUACCAAUUUUUUUGUUGGAGACGAGAUCAGAUGAUUAGUAAAUAUAAGCAAGGUCACAGUCUCUUCUAUCAAGAAAAAAGUAGAAAACACUAAUGCAUCUAGAGUCAAGAAUUCAUCUAGUGAGAGCUAUGAAAGAAACAUAAAACUCAUAUAUAGAAGAGGAUGUUGUAUAUGCAGGAUGGAACUCAUAUCUGAAUUAUAAUUUCUCCGAAUCUUCAAGGUAGUAGGCUGUUGUACAUGUGUUGGAUCUGUGAAACGCUGCUCAUCAACAUCUAUUCUUUGUAUAUAUAUGACUUUUUUUAAGAUCUUAUUUCUGAUGUGUGUUUCUGAAAAAAUGCAGGAUAUUGAGAGGAGAAAAGGGCCUCAAAGAUUUUUGGUAUAGUUUUGCAAUUUCCAGAUUUAUGUUCUUUUUAUUUUGCAAUUAUUGAUCUUUUUUUGGGUUGAAUUUGCAGAUUGAAUUGCGUUCAAGUUGAAGUUUUAUGUUGAAGAUUCACUGAAGGUUGAAUGUCGGUUGAAGAUGGAAUUUCUACAUAUUUUUUAUUUUUUUAUUUCAUCUUCUGAAUGUUUGUAUCAAUUCGUCAAAAUUGUUAGUAAUAAGAUUAUACUUCUAAUUUCCUUUAUUAAUUUAUAAUGUUAUUUUUUUUUGGUGAUGUAAGAAUGUGCUUGUAACUGUUACUGUACUAAUAACACAAUGUUGACGCUUACAAGUGUCUAUAUAGUAGCUUCAAAUUGCGACA